GGUAAUAUGGACAGGCAUCACUACGAGACAUUUGAAGCUUUCGGAAACUUUACAUUUCCCAUCCAUCUCGAUCAUGGUAGAGCAUUCGGAAAGCACAGACAUGAUGAACUCAGUAUAUUGGCUCCUCUAAUUCAGUGUUGUAGAUUACGACGGUCUACGCACGAACGUCUCAAGCUUCUUGCGUCAGACAGAUAUCGAUUAAGUGAUGUCAUGAGAGAUUCGCUAGCAACCGAUAGAAUAGCCCCAGUCAUAGUGGAGGAGCACCUUGAAGCUCUGGACCGACGUCUUUCCAUAAUUCUUGAACAACUCUCGCGAUGCGUGACAAGAAUCGGAUCCGAAGAUGAAGUCUUCAAACCGGAACCGCGGAUAGAAGACUACAAGGAAAAGGAAGCCAUGCAACCGUACGGCUCGGAUCUUGACGAUGAUGACUUUGACUUUUAAUAAUGAGAAAAAAAGAAGUUUUCUUCUCUUUUUAUUGAUUAUGACUGGUGAACAGUAAGACUUCUACAAGAAGUUAAUGCGAAAUCUGAAGCAUUCCGUUUUAUAAGUGUAGACACGCGUGAUCCCCUCUCGCUCUCUCUCUCUCUCUCUGAAAUGCGUCAAUGUUGCGUCAAGACUUCUCCAUUUUUAUGUUACAUGACUAAGUCAACUAUUGUGUUGGCAUUUUCGCAUGUUUGGAUUUAUUACUCAUGAUAAGUUGAUUGAAUGAAAUUCCAGUGGUUUCGUUCAAUCGUCAGAAUUUUAUUGUAAAGUUCACAGCUCUUUGUAAGUAUCGUCAAAAAGAAAAUUGUCAACUCCGAAAAAAGCAAGAGCCGCUAAAGUGUUUUUUUAUUCAUCCCUUAACAAGGAUAGAAUGAUAAUGUGAUAUGCAUUUCGAAAUUUAUUAUUCAUUUUGUGCAAUUCUAAGUGUUCUUAUGAGUACAAGUUAUAAGUUUCGUGCGAAUGUUAUCUUCUAGGUUUGUCUUUCCUUCUUAAACAAUGUCCAAAAUAAUCAUUUAGCUGUUCCCUGUUUAAUGUUUUCACAUGGUAAUCUGAAAUGCUUAUAUUUACAAGUCUACAUUUUAAUCAAUUAAAGUAUUCAAUUAGCUUCUGCUUUUUAUGUCAAGUUACUUUCUACUUAAGAUUACAUUUAUUCUCAAAAGCAAUCUGAUUUUGUAUUGAGGUAUCAUAUGCGGUCAUGACAGUUAUAGUGUUCAUCAUAAACAGUCAGUGAUUUUCACCAACUAUCAUCAGCUACUGCAAAUCAUUGCAUCUGAUUGGCUGAAGGUAAAUUAGUCUGGGGAAAUCAUUAACAAAACAUUUCAUGUAACGCUCCCCAUAUGUGUUUACCCUUGCCCCAAUGGAGAGAAGGGCAAGGGUACACCAAUACUCUCAUUCAUAAUUCUAGAAGUUCUAGAGACCAAUGUCAUGUAUGUCUACCAUCAUGCCACAGUCUGGGUAAAUCAUUAAUAAAACAUUUCAUGGAAUGCUCCCCAUAUGUGUUUACCCUUGCCCCAAUGGAGAGAAGGGAAAGAGCAGCUGCGGGUACACCAAUAUCCUCAUUCUGAAUUUUAGAUGUUCUAGAGACCUAUGUCAUGGCUAACAAAAUGCCACAGUCUUGGGAAAUCAUUAAUAAAACAUUUCAUGGAACGCUCCCCAUAUGUUUUACCCUUGCCCCAAUGGAGAGAAAGGUAAGGGUUUACCAAUACUCUCAUUCUGAAUUCUAGAUGUUCUAGAGACGUAUGUCAUUUAUGUCUAAGAUAAUGCCACAGUCCACCAGUGAAACCGACUCCAAACCAACCAAUGGUAUGACAUUGGAAAACAACGUUAUACCAUUGGUCGGUCUGGAGUCGGUUUCAUUGGUGUGACUGUGUCGCAAUUGGUUCCAUUUCUUGUGUAAGAGUUGAUUAUGAAUGGAAUCUUAGCUUCUUUUAGUGAAAGUGAGCUAGACCCCUAUUCCUAAGAGAAUCUAGCAUAAUCAGUUAUACAUAUAAUAAGAUAUGAAGUGAAAAUGAAGGAGAUUGGUGGUGUCCAAACCAAGACCGGUAUCACAUAUCUUCUGAUUGUUUUCCAAUGACAUACCAUCGGUCGGUUAUGAGUCGGAUUCUGUGGUGUGACUAAUGCUGCAGUCACAUUUCCCCCUACGGCGGCCGUACGGCGAGUCGAAAACAGCCGUUUUAUCAAACCACCUAUAUGUAGCUGGUACAAAAAUAUCAAAACAGCUGUUUUCAACUCGGGGGAAAUGUGACUGCGCGGUAAAGCAUUGCAUUUUUUAGGCUAUUGCAACUAUUUUCCCGUCAUUAAAUCAGAUGAGCUUAACAAGCGCAUAACGUCGGAACCGAAACGUUUUGGCGCUUGAAAACCAUAAUUCCCUAUAUUUAGAUUUAUUAAUGCAAUUUAAUUACUUAUAUGUUGUGUGUGUUUUUUUUUCACAAUUGUUGUGAAACGUGUUGAUAGUUAAUAAAUGCAGCGAUUUUAAAAAUACACUUUAAGACCAUUAUUACUCUUCUAUUAAUGAUUUCCAAAUUAUUGUUUUCUUAUUAUGUAAACUUGUAGCAUUUACUUCCUUUGCUUUCUCAAUUCUCAACCGUUUCGUGUAAUCCUUGAGAAGAUGUUCACAUUAAUGUUUCAUUCUUACAUCAGUGAACGAUCGAUGUAAUGUAAUUUAUUGUAUUGUUUUGUUUUUGCUUUCAUUACUUUGUCAGAGAGAAUAUCAAUGCCCUGACUGAAGAUGCCGAUCAUUCAUCAAGCAAUACUUCGAUGGUGUAGUUACCACGGUAACUUGAAAAUGAAGCUGAAUUUUUUUUUUAAUGCGCUUAUGAAACCUUCAUUGAACACUAUUAUUCUAAUACAUGUAUUUUUGUCGUAGUAUUGUUUGCGCCAGUAGAAAUUGCCAUUUUUGCCUAGUUGUGUAGUGCAUUGUCUUUUUCUUAGUGGUUUCUUGCUUAGUAUUGUAAUUCUUAUUUUGUUCAAAGCAUAAAUGUACGUAAUUUAUUAGAUUGAUUUAUGACAUACAUGCUUCAAGUGCCAUGUUAAUUGUUGAGUGGGUGAGACUAUUCAUUAUAUUGUAUGUAUAGAUGGCGUGUGUUUCAUACGAUUGAUGUUUCAUGAAUGAAUCGUAUAUUUUGUAAAUUAUAUAUUUAUUGAUCAUGUACUCUCGCAAAUUAUACUUCUAUACUCUUUCUCAAUGUUUUUUAAUUGAUCAGAAGUAUUUGUAUAUAACCAAAGUAAGUAAUCAUGAGCCUGUGUAAAAUGUAUUGAUUUUUAUUAGAUAAUUCAAUGUAAUUGAUAUGAAAAUGUUAAUUAAUCAUUUCAAUGAUUAUAAUCAUUUUUUUCAUAUUCGUGGUCGGUGAAUAAGAGGGAUUGAUACAUGUAUCUUAUUUUAGUUAUUAAUUUAUUAGCUUUGCACGUUAACUUAUUAUCUCUAGUUAGGAGGAAUAAUCUGAUGUAAUAGAUUUGAGCUCUGUAAAAGGGUAUUCCUUCCCUUACUGUCUGUUACUUAAACAGACUUUGCCCAUGCUCCCACUUCCUUCUCCCCAUUACUCUGUCUAUCUAUCUGUGCAUCUGUCCCUUCCCUUUUCCUCAUUCUAGUAUGUAUCACCCAUAUCCCUUAUUUUCUACCUCUUUCUAUCUCUUGUAACCCCCAUUAUCUCUCAACACACACACACACACACCCUCACACUCACACAUACAUACAUACAUACUUACAUACAUAGGCACGCAAAUUACACUCUCUCUCCUUCGCUGCCCCCCCCCCCCCCUCUCUCUCUCUCUCUCUGUCCCUCGCUCUUUAGUUUAUUUUCCGCAUCCGUAUCCUCCAUUUCCAUACCCAUUUCCAUAUCUUCUUUUAUUUUUCUUAUCUUCUAUUUUUUUCUCCUGGAGCCUAACAGCCGGUACACUUGCGAGGUAUUAAUCAUGACGACAUCAGUAACUAUGAUUGACACAUCACGUCUUUAAUAUGUUCUUUUGUUCUUUGGUAUGAAAUGUAUGUCUGAUCAUUCUGUGAUUUUCUUUUUCUACCAUUGACUUGCCAAUAUUAUGGUAAAAUCAUCGUCAAAGUGUUUUCUUGAUGUAGAUGAACACUUGGGUGUACUAUAUAUAAUUGGAAGACGAUCUUUUGGGGCCACAUUAUUUUGUGAAAAUAAAUUACUAUUUCUUGAGGAAAA